AUGUCUGCUGAGGAGGAUCUCAUCGAUUACUCCGACGAGGAGCUUCAGACCACUGAGCCCACCGCCGCCACUACCGAUGCCGCCGCUGCCAACGGUGACGCAAAGAAGGCAGAUGGCGCCGCCCCUGCUGCAGGCGCUGCCACCAAGGGCAGUUACGUUGGUAUCCACUCGACUGGUUUCCGUGACUUCCUGUUGAAGCCCGAGCUUCUUCGCGCCAUUACCGACUGCGGUUUCGAGCAUCCUUCGGAGGUCCAACAGGAGUGCAUUCCUCAAGCCAUUCUCGGUAACGAUGUCAUCUGCCAGGCCAAGUCCGGUUUGGGAAAGACUGCCGUCUUCGUCCUCGCAACUCUCCAACAGAUGGAACCCAUCGAGGGUGAGACCUCGGUCCUGGUCAUGUGCCACACCCGUGAGCUCGCCUACCAGAUCAAGAACGAAUACGCCAGAUUCACAAAGUACAUGCCCGAUGUCAAGACUGCCGUCUUCUACGGUGACAAGAAGCUCCGCCUUGGCAACAUCCAGCGCUUCGUCCUCGAUGAAUGUGACAAGAUGCUCGACCAGAUUGACAUGCGCCGCGAUGUGCAAGAAAUCUUCCGUGCCACCCCAACACAGAAGCAGGUUAUGAUGUUCUCGGCCACCCUCUCUCAGGAGACCCGCCCCAUCUGCAAGAAGUUCAUGCGUAACCCUCUGGAGAUCUACGUCGACGACGAGACCAAGCUCACCCUUCACGGUCUCCAGCAAUACUACAUCAAGCUCAGCGAGGCCGAGAAGAACCGCAAGCUCAACGAUCUCCUCGACGAGCUCGAGUUCAACCAAGUCAUCAUCUUCGUUAAGAGCACUCUCCGUGCCACUGAGCUCGACAAGCUUUUGCGCGAGUGCAACUUCCCCAGUAUCGCCGUCCACUCUGGUGUUUCUCAGGAGGAGCGGUAUCGUUACAAGGAGUUCAAGGAGUUCAACAAGCGUAUCUGUGUCGCUACCGACGUCUUCGGUCGUGGUAUCGAUAUUGAACGUAUCAACCUUGCCAUCAACUACGACCUUCCUGGUGACGCCGACUCUUACCUUCACCGCGUCGGUCGUGCUGGUCGUUUCGGUACCAAGGGUCUCAGUAUCUCCUUUGUCAGCAGCGAGCAAGAUCAGGAGGUGCUCAAGACCAUCGAGAAGAGAUUCGAAGUCGCUUUGCCGUAA